UUUUUUUUGCAGGAAUUCACAUUCAAUUUUUGGAUUUACGGAUUUUUAAAUUCGGUUUCCAUUAAAUCAGUUAGGAUUUCGUGUGUUCAUUAAAUACGAAAGUGUUCGGCGCGAUUAAAUCAGUUCGGAUAAAAUGUGUUCAUUAAAUGCAAAAGUGUUCGGAGCGAUUUUAAAAUUCGGUUUCCAUUAAAUCAGUUCGGAUGAAAUGAAAUGAACCAACAAAUGAAGAUAAAAUUGAACUUCCAUUGCAACAAAUAUACGAAGCAGUUGGAUUGGCAUUGGAUGAGUGUGAUGCAUCGAAUUCUCAAAAUGUUCCAACUUCAACCCCAAAAAAGACGCAUGAAUCGAAAUCUGCGUCUUUUUUGGGGUUGAAGUUGAAAUAUUUUGUGUCAAACAAAGAACAAAAUCGAUUGGAUGCACUUAAUCGGAAAAAUAAACGAAAUAAAAUAGUUCGUGUCAUUUCUGGCUUUGGGAAAAACGGAGAAAAUUUGAAUAAGAUUAAAACGAUGUAUCGUUCUUGCAACGAUGAAGAAAUUGAUCUCGAAAUUUUGUUAUGUUUGAUAAUAAGUGGUCAUAUUGUUAUUAAUACACACAAAGAAACACUUGCAAUGAAAAAUGCCAAAUAAAUGACUUGAUGCUUAAACAUGUAUUGAAUUGCAUGUAAAUUUAGUGAAUAAUUUUAACAAAAUCAAACGAAAAUGACUUAAAUUUAAUGUAAAAUUAGUUCAUAAGCGUUCAUAAGUGAAUCAAACUAAUGAAAAAUUCCAAAUAAAUAAAUUAUAUGAUUCCUUGACUCACCAACCGGUUUUGUUCAUAUUUUCGAUUUCGAACAGUAUUGAACGAUAAAUUGUUAGUAAAAUUGAUUGCAUACCAAUGAGUAGAACCAAGCGUCCACAAUUAUUUGAUGUAAUCGGCGAUAGCUUAAUGGUUUUGAAUCAUAUGAGUGUUUUUGUGUGAAUGAAAUAUGUUUUUACAUACACCUGCAAAUAUUUUCCCACGCUCUCGAGCAAUAACUUCAAUUUCAUAUUUGAAUAUCAGUGGAAAAAAAACACAGUAAGGUAUGCAAUGUUAUUUGACUGGUUGAUGUUAAUGGUGAAAUAAAUGUUGAAAAGACUCAAAUAAAUGGCCCAAAGUAAUUUUGUUUAUGGAACAUGUGAUGGAUAGAACAUUCCAACAAAACAACGUACGCAAAAAAGAUGACCGAAAAACUGUAGUACGAAGCAAGAACGCAUGAAUAAUUGACGUGAAUCCAUUAAUAUAAUUGUUUGCAUUUAAUUCAUAACUCUCGCCCGCUCUUUUUCUAUAAAUGUCAUUCGGUGCAUUCAUUUCCAUAUAUUACAUGUGAAGUGUAAUGUUCUCCGUGUCGAAGACCCCAUCUCUCUGGCUGUGCUACAUGAGAACAUAUUGGAAAAUGUUCAUCUACGGUGGGAUAUUAAAAUUGUUGGGCGAUUGUUGCGCGUUGAUUGGUCCAAUUUCAAUUUCCCAAAUUGUUGAAUAUAUUCAACAAAAUUUGAACGAAGCAUCGUCGUCGACGAUGGCAGCUACAAGCGCAUCGUCACCAUUGAAAAAUAUAAAAUUAUCUAAUGCAAUCAAUGGUACGGAUGCUAUGGCAUCAAUUACGCAUUCUGAUAUGAUGAGUACGACGGCAAUGGCAGCAGCCCAAGCGGUGAACGAUGCGAUAAAAACCAGGUCAAACAGUAAUUACGAUGUGCCAUUAUCAGCUUCAGCACUGUCAUCGUCGUCGUCGUGGUCACCGUUGGGAUAUUGGAUGUCAGCUGCGCAAUUGAUAAAUGAAAAUACGGAAAUUUACUAUCCAACUUGGUCGGAAUUGAUGGAAAAUGGUUGGAUAAUGGCUUUAUUGGUGUUAUUGGCAACAUUGGCACAGGGCACUUUUUCACAAGCAUCAACGCACAUUGUGAACAUGAUUGGAAUACGGAUACGCACUAGUUUACAGAGUUUGGUCUAUCGCAAAACAUUGUUGAUUAGUUCGAGUUGUUUUACCGCACCAAAUUCAUUUGGUUCAAAUGACAGAGAAAAUAGCAAUGCUUCCAUUUCUACAGAUGUACCAAACAAUGAAACAACAACGCCGGACAACGGCCAUGACAACGACAACAACACAACAGACACUGAAGCAGCAACACGAGCAAUGGACGACAAAACAAAAACCGAUUCAAUGGACAUCGACAACAAAUCGGCUCAACAACGGUUGCACGAACAAACAACGAUCAUUGAUACGGGAACAAUAACAAACUUAAUGUCUGAAGACGCAAUUAAUGUAAUGUCAUUUUUUUAUAUCGCCCAUUAUUUUUGGGCGAUCCCAUUGAAGAUUGCUUUCUGUAUGUAUCUAUUGUAUCAGAUGCUUGGGAUCAGCGCCAUAAUCGGUUCAACUGUAUGCAUUGUGACAAUGAUUCCAUUACAGUUUUUCAUUGGCAAAAAGAUGUCGAACAAUGCAAAACUAACGGCGUCAAAUACCGACGAGCGUUUGGGUCGAAUCAGUGAAUUGUUGAUGGGCAUUAAAAUUAUCAAGCUAAAUGCAUGGGAAACGGUAUUCACGGAGAAAAUUGAAAAAAGUCGAGAAAAUGAAUUGAAAUGCUUGGACAAGGACUCAAUUUAUUGGACAUUAAUGACAUUUCUAACCCAUCUGUCGUCAAUAAUCAUAACAUUUGUGACAUUUGCUGUCUUCUUAUCGAUUGAACAUAAUGACAUGACCGACAAAUUUACAACGGGACGAGUUUUUGCUGCUCUUGCACUAUUCAAUCAAUUGACAGUGCCGCUUUUUAUAUUCCCGAUAACAAUUCCGAUGAUAAUAUCGGCCAUUGUAAGUACACGUCGAAUUGAACGAUUUUUGCAUCAUGAGGCCGAAGUGCAAAAGGAAUUUGAAGGUAUACGGAAUAUGGCGCAUGUGAUGAGUCGAAGUGAUGCAUCGCUUGAUGUGUUCGAAAUCGAUGAAAAUGAAGGCCAAACCAUUGAUGGACAAUCGAAUGAUGAUUCAAACAAUGAUGAUAACAUCCAAGGUUUGCAAACAAAUGAAGCGCUUUUGUUAUCAUCGAAGAAAUCCCAUUCGAAUAAAAUGCAUUUAAAUUCGACAAACAUUGCAACCACCUCGAGUGUCAUGCCAAACAAUGAAUUUCCAUUCAGCAAUAAUGACUUCUAUUUACAAGAUAUUUAUGAAAAUCAAUGUUGUGAUGAGCAACAGGCGAUAAAAUCAAUGCAACGAAAUGGUGUACAUCGUACAUUUAAUGCCAGCAUAAAAUUGAAGAAAAACAAUAAAAUCAGUGAGAGCAUGAAAAUCGAUCGAAAUCGUUCACGUCAAAAAUCAUUGACAAUUUCCGAAAUUCAAAUGCAAAUACCAAAUGAAUUGGUAAUCAGCAUACGAAAUGCAGUGUUUUCAUGGCAACGGCCACAACAAGAGGAACAACAACGGGACAGCAACAGCAGCAUUGAACAACUUAAAUCACCAUUGCGCAUCGAUCGACUUGAGAUACCAAGAGGAAAAUUGACUGUGAUUGUUGGAAAGAGUGGAAGUGGCAAAACUUCAUUGCUGGCGGCAAUAUUGAAGGAAAUGCGUUUAGUAUCUGGAGAGCUGAUUUGGAAUAAAUAUGCGACAAUUGCUUAUGUCGGUCAAACGCCAUGGCUGAUGAAAACAACGAUACGAGAGAACAUUUUAUUUGGUGAAACGUAUCGGCCACGUCGUUACGAAAAGGUUCUGAUGUCAUGUGCCUUAAAGGAAGAUCUUCGUUGUUUGCCGGAAGGAGAUUUGACCGAAAUCGGCACAAAUAGCAUAAAUUUAUCAGGCGGACAAAAGAGCCGCAUUGCCAUCGCUCGUGCACUGUAUUCAUCGUCAAAUGUUGUCAUUAUGGAUGAUCCGCUCUCAUCAUUGGAUAAUGAAUUAUCAUCAUGGAUAUUCGAUAACAGUAUAAAGAAUAUGCUUUUAAAGCAUCAACGCACCGUUAUCCUUGUCACACAAAAAACGAAUCUAGUUCACCACAGCGAUUAUAUUAUUUCGAUGGAAAAUAACAGUAUACGAGCAAAAGGAACUUAUCGAGUCAUUGAAAGCAAGGAUUACGAACUGAUUCAAGAGUGGAACACGAUAAUAGCCAAGGAAAAUGCAAAAGAUGAAAACGUUUGCACAAGGACAGCGCGUGAACGAUGGAAACUUUUUAAGAAUAUCUCAAAAAUCGGAUUACAACGACAUACAACCAACGAUGAAAACGAGACUCAACCGACUGGAAGCAAACGAAAGCCAAGUUUAUAUGGAUCCAGGCAUUUAACAUACGAUAUUCCCUUUCCAUUGGACGAAUGUAAUAUCGAUGAGAUUGAAAUUCGACGACGACCAUCCAGACGGCAUCCGAAUCAAUCACUCUUUGCGCGAAUUUCGUCGCGUAAAAAAUCACCAUUGCGUACCAAUUCGUUAAACGUACGCGAACACAGAAUGGAUCGCAUGCCAGUAACACGAAAUAUUUCAUCUCCAUCAACGAUGCAACAUCCCAUCAACAACCAUCGGCCAUCAACCAUCGAGGCGAUGCGUAAUUUUGAUUUUCGACAAUUUUUGAGUCGCAUGUCAUUCAAACGGAAAAAUAAUCUUAGCCGGAAAAAUUCAUCUCUUGCAAAACCAUUAAGUGCAGCAAAUUCCAUACGAAGUCCAACAAUGACCAUGGAUAAUAGCAGACCUGUUAAACGGAUUAUGUCAACUAUAUCUAAGCACAGCGAAGAAACGGAAGACGAUGAAAUAUGUUCAGAUUACAACAAUGAGGAAAAUAAUCAGGAAAUAUCCAAUCGGUUAAUAUACGAUGAAGAGAGAAAAUAUGGCAAAAUUCCAGCGAAAAUUUAUUUAUUGUAUUUAAAGUCUUGCGGUUUAUGGACGAUUGGUGUUUUUUGUGCAAGCGCAAUGGGAUGGCAAGCAACGAAAAUUUAUCUAGAUAUUUGGCUAAGGGAUUGGACCGAUGUUGAGCAGACAAAUCGCUUCACUGAUAUUUCAUAUUAUUUUGGCGUUUACGGUUUGUUAUCGGCAAUAUGCGUAGGUUUUUCGAUGAUCUCAGUGCCCUUCGCACAAUAUGCUGGUGCAAAAGCACGACGUUCACUUCACGAACAAUUAUUGCAGUCAAUUGUAAAAAAAUCAAUAUAUUUUUUUCAAACAAUGCCAUUUGGCCGGAUGAUGAAUCGUUUCAGUUCAGACAUGGCUGUUAUUGAUAAAAAAAUCGCCGCAACAAGUCAACGACUAUUACAAUUUGUGCUGUUGUGUCUGUGCUCGAUUUUAUUGAAUGCUGUCGUUACGCCAUGGUUUAUUUUAUUGACGUUACCCAUUUGCGGUGCCUAUUAUGUUGUACAAAAAUUCUACCGUUACUCAUCGAGAGAGUUGCAGCGCUUGGAAAGUAUUACAAGCUCACCAAUUUUAACGCAUUUUUCGGAGACGAUACAAGGUGUUGCAACUAUUAGAGCGUACAAUCAAGAGUCCAGAUUCAUGGAAAUGCUGCUUAAGCGAAUGGAAGCUAACAACAUUGCUGUUAUUAUGCAAAACACAAGCAACCGAUGGCUAGGCAUCGCACUGGUGGUUUUUUAA